GGGCAAUGCUUGUGCCUCGCCGCCGCCGCCUCUUCCCCUAAACCCCCCGCCGCCGCCCACUCUCCGCCAUGCUUCUCCACCCCCUAUGCCCCCUCCUACCUCCCUACCACGCCUCCUCCCCAACCCGCCCUUCUACGCCGCCGCCGCCGCUCGCCGCUGCCACUCCGAUCCCUUCGUCUCUUCAUCCUCCGACGACGAAUCCCCGCUCGCCGACGAGCUCUUCCCCGCCGCCGGUGCGCCCACCCUCCUCUCCGUCGCGCGCUCGCUCGCUACCUCCCCCAGCCCCUCCGUCUCCUCCGUCCUCGGCUUCCUCCGCCGCCUGCCCGCUGACGCCUCCCCGCACAUCUUCCCCCACCUCAUCGCCGCCCUCUCCCGCUCGCCCCGGCCCCUCCUCGCCCUCCACCUCUUCCUCCGCCCGCCCACACCCGCCGCCACCACUCACCACUCCUUCAACUCCGCCCUCGCCCGCUUCCCCCUGCCCCCGCACCUGCUCCCGCCCUUCUUCUCCCACUCCCUCCGCCGCUUCCCCCGCCUCGCCCCAACGCUCCUCUCCUUCAACCUCCUCCUCAAGUGCGUCUGCUCCUCUCUGGCCCCAACAAACCACCGCCUCUACCUCCAAGUCGCGUUGCGGGUUCUCCAUCAUAGCAUCCCCAGGUGGAACCUCUCGCCGGAUAAGUUCACCUACUCCACCGUCGUGUCUGCUCUCGCAGAUGCAGGACAUGUCGACGAUGCCGUGGCGCUGGUGCACGAGAUGGUGGUGGACGGGGUGGUGGCCGCCGAGGCAUUUAAUCCCGUGCUGAGCGCGAUGCUGCGCGCCGGGGAUGUUACAGGGGCCGCCAAACUGUUCUCGUUUAUGCAGCUCAAGGGCUGCGCACCGUCGCCAGCCACAUACAACGUGCUGCUGCAUGGGUUGCUGGUCUGCGGCAAGGCCAGUGCGGCGAUGGGGGUCAUGAGGAGAAUGGAGAGGGAGGGCGUGACGCCGGGUGUGAUGACCUGUGGGGCAAUUGUGGAUGGACUAGUGAGGUGUGGAAGACUGGAGGAUGCAUGGAAGGUGACCGAGGAAAUGGGGAGGAAGGGUCUUGUGCCUAAUGAGUUUGUCUUCUCGCCUGUGAUCACUGGGUUCUGCAAGUCAGGAGAGGUCGAUCGGGCGUCUAGGGUGUGGGACGCAAUGGUGGCGGGUGGGGUAACGCCGAAUGUUGUUUUGUAUUCGGCGAUGAUUGAUGGCUUUGCCCGCUGUGGGAAGAUGACCGAGGCCGAACUGUUAUUUGAGGAGAUGGCCGAGGCAAAAUGCGUACCGAAUAUAGUCACUUACAGCUCCAUGGUCCGGGGAUAUUUCCAAAUCGGAGAUUCAUCGCAGGCUCUUUCUGUAUGGGAGGAGAUGCUAAGGGCUGGCUGCACACCGAAUGCUGUUACCUAUAGCAUAUUAAUCAACGGAUUGUGCAAUGUAGGGAGAUCAAAGGAUGCUAUGAUGGUCUGGAAGCACAUGCUUGGUCGUGGCUGCGCGCCUGAUACGAUUGCUUACACUUCAAUGAUCAAGGGCUUGUGUGUUUCUGGGAUGUUGGAUGGUGGUCUGAGGCUGUUCUAUGACAUGCUCGCAAGGGGCGAUGCUGAUCCAGAUGUUAUCUGUUAUAAUGUGCUGCUUGAUGGCUUGCUCCGGGCCAAGGACCUUCCUCGGGCAAUGGACUUGCUCAACCAGAUGCUUGACAAAGGUUGUGAUCCAGACACAGUUACUUGCAACACCUUCUUGCGCGAGAUUGAGGUUGGACAGGGUAAAGGGAGGGAGUUCCUAGAGGGUCUAGUAGUCAGAUUAUGCAAUAGAAAAAGGAAUAAGGCAGCUGGAGAGGUCGUGAUGGUGAUGCUGGCUAAGUAUAUUGUGCCAGAGGCUGCCAUUUUGGAUAUGGUGCUGAGAGGUGUUUGCAGGCGCAAGAGGGUUUCGAGAGUGAUUGACAAAUGUUGGGAUGAGAUUUGGAAGUUCUAAGGAUAUAUUUUUUUAUAUGAUUUCGCCAUACCAUAGAAUCACACACUUGCUGGACUACAACUGUUGUACGUUGUAAUAUUGUGGCACUAACUCAUUCAUUCAUAUCAAAGAUUUUGACACAAUAAGUGAUACCCAUUAUUC